UUUGACUGACAUUUGAAAAAUGUUGAGACGUGAUGACGUCAAUAUCCGGUUGGUUGUGUUGUGGGCGGUGGAGUAAAAUCUAUAAAUACACAAGGAACCAACCAGUUACCAUGUCUAGUAGUCUAGUCUGUCUAGUCUAGUACAUUAUUGCAUCACAUGCGCAGCUACACUCUUAUCGCAAAAGUUCCUCAUAUGAUACCCGUUUUGAAAUUAAGUGCAAUAAUGUUGUGAUAAUACUGCGAAAGUGAAGAAAAAACUUCAUUUAUAAAAUAGUAAAUAUUCUUUCUUGGUGAUUGUCGCAGGAUUUCGGUCAGUUAUAGUUUAUUAUUUUACUUGUUGGGCAGAUCCAAUGGGUGAUCGUGAUCCAGCUAUCGGUAUCGAUUUGGGGACGACGUUCUCCUGCGUCGGUGUAUUCCAACAUGGUAAAGUGGAAAUUAUCGCUAACGAUCAAGGUAACAGAACCACGCCGAGUUAUGUCGCUUUCACAGAUACGGAAAUUUUGAUCGGAGAUGCAGCUAAAAAUCAAUCAACGAAAAACUUGAAGAACACCAUUUUCGACGUCAAAAGAAUCAUGGGCCGAAAAUUCGAUUUCGAUGACAAUGACAUCAUAUUUAGAAAUGAUGUUAACCAUUGGCCUUUCAAAGUCGUUAAUGAAAACACCAAACCGAAAAUCAAAGUUAAAAUUUGCGGUGCUUCCAGAACAUACUGUCCGGAAGAAAUAUCCGCGAUGGUUUUACGAAAAAUGAAAGAGACUGCCGAAGAUUAUUUAGGUAAACCGGUUAAAAACGCUGUAAUCACUGUACCUGCGUAUUUCAACGACUCGCAAAGAGGAGCUACCAUAGAUGCCGCCAAAAUCGCCGGUUUAAACGUAUUGCGAAUCAUUAACGAACCUACCGCUGCUGCCAUUGCUUACGGUCUGGAGAGAAAAGAUUCCGGCGAACAAACAGUAUUGGUUUUCGAUCUUGGCGGCGGAACCUUCGAUGUAUCCAUUUUAACCAUUCAGAACGGUAUUUUCGAAGUGAAAUCAACCGCCGGAGAUACUCAUUUGGGUGGUGAAGAUUUCGAUAGCAGAAUGGUCAAUCAUUUCGUUAAAGAAUGCAAAAAAAUAUAUAAUGUCAACAUCAACGAAAACGAAAGAGCACUACGUCGUUUACGGAUUGCUUGCGAAGGAGCCAAAAGAAUUCUAUCAUCGGCCUUAAGAGCAGAUAUUUCUAUCGAUUCUUUGUUCAAUGGUACUGAUUUCAAUAGUUGGAUCUCUCGCGCUCCUUUUGAACAAUUGAACGCCGACUACUUUCGAAGUAUAAUAGCACUGGUUGAAAAAGCGAUCAGCGAUGCUAAAUUACACAGAACUCAAAUCGAUCACGUUGUUCUAGUCGGCGGAUCGUCCCGUAUUCCCAAAAUAAGAAAAAUACUGCAAGACUUCUUCGGCGGAAAGGAACUUUACAAGUCGAUCAAUCCGGACGAAGCUGUAGCUUACGGUGCUACCGUUCAAGCUGCUAUACUGAAUGGGGACAAAUCCGAAAUUGUUGAAAAUGUUGUUUUGGUCGAUGUAUUACCUCUAUCGCUGGGCGUUGGUGUUGGACCGUUUGAAAAUAGAUCCGUGAGUGUCAUCCUCCCACGAAAUACUGUAAUUCCAGCCAAAGAAACCAGAGAUUACGGCACAUUGCAAGAUAAUCAAACGAGUCUAUUUAUCGCAGUCUACGAAGGCGAACAUAUCGAAGCAAAAAAAAAUCAUUUACUUGGCGAGUUCAGUCUUUAUGGUAUCCCUCCUGCACCUGCUGGCGUGCAUCGAAUCGAUGAAACUUUCGAAAUCGAUGCCAAUGGUAUUUUGAACAUUACUGCCGUAGAAAGAUCGACGGGAGUUUCAAAACAGUUGACGAUUAAGCACAACAAGAAUCGCCUCAGCGAAGAAGAAAUCAACCGGAUGAUCGAAGACGCUGAUGAACAUCAAACCGAUGAAAAAAAACAAAAAGAAGCUAUUUUUUCGAUGAACGCGUUAGAGUCGUACUGUAUCGACGUCAAGAGCAGCUUGGCAGAUAAACAUGUUUUCUCUCGGAUAGAGAAAAAAAUAGAGAAAUAAUUUUUAAAAAAUGCGAAGAAUGUGUAGAAUGGCUGUAUUCUAAAAAGCCAUCGGCGGGAAAAGAAGAAUUCAAUAAGAAACUUGAAGAAAUGCAAACUGUAUUCGAUGUUGCUAUUUCAUUAGCGAGGUACCCUGCAAACCGAUACGACACGUAUUAUGAAAUUUUGAACCUCGAAAAAGACGCCGCUCCGGAGCAAAUCGAGUCUGCAUUUAGAGAAAAAGCCAUCGUUUUCCACCCUGAUAAAUGGAGAGGUGAUAAGGAGAUCGCAGAAAUAUAUUGGCAUAUCAUCGUAAAAGCGAAAAAUUCUCUCAUCAAACUUGUUGGAAAAUAGUAACCUUAAAUUCGAUGCAGAUUCCCAGGUUUUUAUUUUGUUAUUGGUGACAAUGGGUUUGACGUGACGAAGUGCGAUCAACCCUCUGAUAUUUUUUAUACUCAUAUCAUAUUGUAUUGUUGUGUUUUUUUAAGUGUUUAUUUUCGUUGUUUAAGUAAGUGUUAGUCGUAUUGAAGGAAAUUUUUUUUCCAAGAUCGUGUAAUUUAAUGUACGUACUUGUAUGUAAGUAAUCUACCUACCUACCUACCUACCUACCUACCUAGUACCUACCUACCAGUCUUCUCGCUUUUAUUAUAAGUACUACAUAUACCCCAACCAACGCUUUUCGUGCCUUUUUUCGUAUUUCUCAAUUGGGAUUGUAUAGUCUGUAUUGAAUUUACAUAUGUACGAAUCGUCUGCUGCUUCUCUAUUGAUUGCGCUCGGAUUUCAUUCGUUAUUCGCCAAUUCCCUCGGAAACUGUAUAAGAGUAAGAAAACUGAAAAAGAUAUGGAGUAAAGGUCACAUUGAGUUGUGGAAAUUUUUGGAACCGAACCGAACCGAACCGUGAUAUACCUAAAAUUCUCGUUUAAAAUUAUCGAUCCGAUAUAGUGAUUCGAAUCGUUUCCAGGAAAUGAUCCAAAUCCGUAACUAAGCUCGUAAAAACAGGCAGUUUUGAUUUUGUUGUUUUUUUUUUUACGAUUGAUGUCAUUUCCAAGAAAGUCGUGACUCGAUAUUCUCCAAGACUUGGAACGUAUUCAAAAUCGAAAAUUCUUGUACUUUUUUUCAAUAAAAAAAAUAUGGCUCGUCGAAUUGGGCACAUUUUAUUUUUAUUUUCCCUCGAAAUUUAAAAUGAAGCGUUUGAAUUUCUCAUCAGGAGCUCUUAGAUUUUCUCUGAAAAUGUUUUCAGUUCUGUUUUCAGAACUUUACCUACCGUUUUUUUUUUUUUUUUUUAUGAGAAUAAAGAAAACUUGUAAAUUAUUGUAAAAAAAAAGAAAAGUUUCAAUUUCGAAUUCUUUUUUGAAUUUUAAUCGAAACUGAGAGAAGCGCUUGUGAUCCCUUCCCUUUAGAAGUAUUGAAAUUCGGUUUUGAAAAUUUGAUCAUUGAAAAGAACGUGUUUGAACUUUUCAAAUUACAUAUCAAUCUAUUUAAGUAUGAUUUCCUGUUUACUUUUUUAUAACUUUGUGAAUAGAUUAGUUCAAAAUUCAAUCAAUUUCGAAGUUGAGCUCUCAAAGUUGAGCAGUUUUCGAUAAAUCGCAACGUGAAAAUUAUAACUGUAAUUCUCUAUAAGAGCUCAAAUGCGAAUACCUCUGUCUCAGUCAAAUUCCUCUCAAAUUCUUUCUAGGACUCAAGCUUUUAAAUACACAGUGCAAGACUUGAUGAUCGUUAAAUUGAAAAGAUUGUCGUACAUAUAAUCUUCACCAUACGAGCUUCAGCAGCUCAAGUUUUGGUCGAAGGGUAUGUAUUUGAAGCCUAAUUGACUUGGCCUGAUCUGAAAUUCUCGUCAACAUUUUUUUAUAUCUGUUUUUGAAUAAAUUCAAAAAAUUGCCGGAUUCGGUCUCUAUGGUUUAGAGAGCCAAGGAAGGUUUUUUCUCAAAUUUGUUCAUCAAAUUUUGUUAUUUCUUUUUUAUUGAUUUUUUCCCCAAUUUUAUGAGAAUUCAAACAGAGGGACUAAUAUAACUUGGGUACCUAGCCAUCGGAAUUUUUUUCCUGGAAUAAUUUUUAUUUAAAAGAAUUAUUAUGACCCAUAAAUUGAAAAAUUGUGUAAAGUUUUCAAGUGAGCUCUUUUGUUCUAUUUCAUUUUUCGAGAUUUUUCGAGACCAACAUCACUUGGAGAAGUGAAAGGGGUUUUUUUUCAAUUGAGAAUUUUCAAUGAACAAAAUAUUUUUUAUAGAAUAUUUUUUUCCAGCGCUUGUAUUAGAUUAUUGUUUAUUGUUUAAUUGUCAAAGCAUUUUGCCAAAAAUUUACAAAUUCGUAUUUGCUUUUUUAUCAAAAUUGAAGUCUUAAUUUUUUAGCUGAAGUUGCGAAAAACUACCCAAAAGUCUGUUUUUUUUUCACCGUACUUAUAGGUGUCAGAAAAAUCGCUUUUCAUGCAAAAAUUGCGAAAAAAUGUCAGUUUGUUUGCCAAUUAUUUCCAAAUAUUCCUGCUUUUUGUUGAAAUGCCAAAAACUUGAUGUUUAACAAAAAUUCUAUGUUUUUAGCAAAAUCGUCGAAGAUUUCCACUUUUUUCCCCAAAAAUUGCCCGAAAGCCUCCCUUUUUUUGGCAGCAAUUGCCAAGAAGUAACCUUUUUUUUCGUAAGUAAGUUUCAGAAGGUGUUGCUAAGUUUUGCAAAAUUUUCGACUUUUACCAGAAUCACUGGAAACUGAUUUUUUUUCUAUUAGAGAUUGCCAAAAACUAAAAAGUCUUUUUGUGCUAAUUUAUAAAAAUUUCGAUGUUUCCCAAACAUUGGCUUCCUUCCCAUAAAUUUUAAAAAUUCUCACUUGGUUGCCAAAAAUUUCCAACGAAUUUCGCUUUUUAAUCACAAAAUUGCUAAACUUAUUAGUUAUUUAUUUAUGUAGUUCAACUUUUUAAAAAUUAUUAACCAUAUCAUUUUAAUUUGUAUUGUAAUUUUAUUGUUGUUUUUUUUGUAUUCAUUAUCAUUAAAAUGUUUUGAUCUCGUUUUUUUCA